AUGCUCUACAACAAUCUGCGGCCUCAGCUCUCUGUCCUGCUCCGGCUGGGCCCCCGGACUGAGCGAUCUGUCAGAUGGAGCGACCACAUCAGAUGGGCUCCCACCGCUAAGGAGCUGAGCACGCCAAAGGAGAGGGGCGCCUGGCAGCCACCGGAACAGCAGGGACUCCCACAUAGCAUGGAAGUGGUCCAUGAUCGAGCGAGUCUUGAGAGGAGAGCUGGGUACAGGACGGAGAUCAGGGGGCGGCUCCACAGGACACAGACCUGCUCCUGGGCUGAGGUACCAGGUUGCAGGUACCAUGUGCGGUAA